GUUGAUUUAUCUAUCACUCGGACAGACUUGAUACUUGCCCACUUCAUAAGCGGUAAAUCCUGGCGUUUCUUUGCACACGUCCACACAGAGCACGUAAUAAUAGCACACGUUUUAUAGUGCUUGUAUAAAAUAGUUUGGUACGACGAGAUCAGUGCUUUGAGUUAAUUGAGCAGUAAGCAAGAUCCAUAUCUACCGGAGACUAACAAAAUUGAACUCGAAGAUGGCCGGUGAAAAACCCACAUUUGACUACCAUGAAGAAUCUCAUUCUGAAAAAUUGGCACGGAAAACAAAGGAAUCUCCAUUCAUGGUCAUCGGAAUAGCUGGCCUUGCUACAUCCGUCGGAUACGGCAUCUACAAGUUCAAGCACCGGGGUCAAAUGAGCACAAGCGUUUUCCUCAUGCAGUUCAGAGUGAUCGCUCAGGGGACGGCCGUUGGCGCCCUCACAGCAGGCAUGAUAUACACGCUCUACAAUAACCACUUCAAUAAGAAGCCAGCCAUCUCGGAUAAAGUAUUACCUACGGCAAAUUAAUUCUUCUGUGCCUCUGAUAGCAAAUGCUUCCUAAUAAUGAUAAUGUAAUAUCAAAUGAAAAUGGUUCCUUGCUGUGCUGCUCUCUACUCCCUACAGCUGUGGUUGUAUGCAGGUAGUGACGACAGCACAUCGAGUAAAAUGUGGGUUGUGUGCGUCCAAGUGUACAAAAACGUAGUUACGAGUAAAUAGUAACCGCUAUAUUCUAGGAAGCAUUUGGCACGUUCUGUAAACCCCACACAUUUGGGGUCUCUUGAGUACUGCCUACCAAUUAUGUAUUCUGACAUUCUGUGGUACUAACUAGUACCUAAGUAUUAUUAUUAUUUUUAAUUAACGAGACGAGGGAAGAGAUCUUCUAUGAUGAUAAAUGAUAUAUGUGUAUUAAGCCAAUUAAAACAAUGAUGUGUCAA